GGCCGUUAUUUAACGGUGGCAGCCAUCUUUCGCGGUCGCAUGUCUAUGAAGGAAGUGGAUGAACAAAUGCUGAAUAUACAAAAUAAAAACAGCAGUUUUUUCGUUGAGUGGAUCCCAAAUAACUGUAAAACAGCCGUUUGCGAUAUACCGCCGCGUGGUCUUAAGAUGUCAGCUACAUUCAUUGGCAAUUCUACAGCUAUCCAAGAACUGUUUAAACGAGUCUCUGAGCAGUUUACAGCAAUGUUUAGACGCAAAGCUUUCUUGCAUUGGUACACAGGUGAAGGAAUGGACGAAAUGGAGUUCACUGAAGCCGAGAGCAACAUGAAUGAUUUAGUCUCAGAAUACCAGCAAUAUCAGGAAGCUACCGCCGAUGAGGAGGGUGAUUUUGAUGAGGACGAAGAGGGAAAUUAGCUAGUAGAGAUCGUAUAACAAAUCUCUUCUUCUUAUCUCCAAUUCUGUGACGUAAUCCCUAAUAUC